CCGGAAACGCAAAUUCGCCACCUCCAGUAGAUGGCGGUAAUACAGCUGUGAGGACCCUCUCAGACCCCAUCACGAAAUGAGAGGAACUCGGCUAGUGCUACUGUUAUUGAUCACCAUGUCGGUGUAGAAGGAAAACAGAAACCAGAACUACCACCCUGUUCCGAAAACGGAGUCUUUAAAAUGGCCGGCGAGGAGGAGAGGGGGGUGGUUCGUGUCAAAGUCAAGAAAUGUGACGGGGUGUUUCCUGUGGAGUUUCGCUCCUUUGCUGUUGAUCCUCAGAUAACGUCGCUGGAGGUCCUGCAGCACAUACUUAUCAGAGCCUUUGAUUUGAACGGGAAGCGGAAUUUCGGGAUCAGUUACCUGUCUCGAGAUCGGAGUGGUGCUGAAACGUAUCUGUCUCUGCUGUCUGACUGGGAUCUGGAUGUCGCAUUUGUCGGUGCAGCAAAAUCCCAUCUGCAGCUCAAGAUGGACAUAAAACCUUCAGAAGACAGUCCUGUUAUGGAGGAGUGGGACAUCAUAAGCCCCAAAGACGUGAUUGGCUCCGAGCAGCUUCUCACAGAGCGGACUCGGUCUUUGGCAUCCGCAGCUCUUCCCUUCACACAGUCUCUACUGUCCCAGGUGGGCCGCACGCUGAACAGAGUCCAGCAAGCCCUCAGCUGGUCUUACGGGGAAGAGAUCAAGCCUUUCAAGCCCCCUCUGAGCGAUGCCGAGUUUCACAAUUACCUCAACGGACAGGGCCAGUUGUCCCGACCUGAGGAACUGCGACUGCGCAUCUACCAUGGCGGUGUGGAACCUUCACUGCGCAAGGUUGUUUGGCGGUACCUCCUGAACGUCUACCCCGACGGACUAAGCGGACAGGAAAGAAUGGACUACAUGAAGAGGAAGACGAGGGAGUACGACCAGCUGAAGAGAGAGUGGAACGCCCGGGUCAGCCACGAGGACCUUGAAUUUAUCCGUGGGAAUGUUCUUAAAGACGUCCUGCGGACAGACCGGGCUCAUCCGUACUACGCAGGCUCAGAAGACAGUCCACAUUUGACCGCGCUCACAGACCUGCUCACCACAUUCGCCAUCACACAUCCACAGAUAUCAUACUGUCAAGGCAUGAGUGAUAUUGCCUCCCCAAUACUUGCGGUAAUGGACAACGAGGCACACGCCUUCAUUUGCUUUUGUGGCAUCAUGAAACGCUUGGAGGGGAACUUCCGGCCGGAUGGCCAGCUCAUGUCUGUCAAGUUCCAGCAUCUAAAGCUGCUUCUGCAGUACUCUGAUCCCGAAUUCUACUCUUACCUGGUGUCCCGAGGAGCUGACGACCUCUUCUUCUGCUACCGCUGGCUGCUGCUGGAGCUCAAGCGAGAGUUUGCGUUUGAUGAUGCUCUGAGGAUGCUCGAGGUAACGUGGAGCUCGCUGCCCCCGGAUCCUCCAGAAACCGAAGUGGAGCUCCUGGGACCGCCGGUGGACACCGAUGAAACAACGGCCUGCAGAGACAAGGACAAGGCGGUCGAGAAUGGUCUCGGAGACGAUAAGGAACACAAGGAGAAGCAGCGUAGACGACACAUGCUGAGGCCUUCGAGAGAAGAACCAGAUGUGAGCAGGAAUGCUGCCGUAGAAAAAAAAGACAGGAGAAAUGUCAGCGCUGAAAAGGGAAGCGAGGUGGGUGAAUACGAUAUUCCUCCAGCGACCAUGGAAAAGGCAGAUUUGCAGGCUCCGCCUCUUGAGAGGCAAACUAGUUUCGGGGAGUUUAAAUACUACUCUGCCCGAAAUGAAGAUAGCUUUCAUAUGGAGGAUGCUGAGCUGCCACAGCGUUUGGUGUCUUCAAAGUCAGUGACGAGCAUUGCAAGGCGCCAGUCCACGGUUGAUAGUGAGGAGGACCCCGGAGAGAGAACACCUCUCAUAAAAAACGGCGACAAUAGUUUCGCUCCAAUGUCAUCGCCUCCUCUCUUUCCUAGUGGCCUUCCGAUCUGGAAAACCGGCUCCUCUGUCUCUCCCACAUCUUCAGCUUCACCCUCCAGCUGGCCAGGUGCUUCUCCAGACUCUCCUCCAAAAUCCCCAUCGCCAUCCACAACCAAUGGAAGUGAGGCCUUACUAAGAACUGUCCCAAAAGUAUUGACCAACUCUGCCCAAGUGCUCAGCAGUACAGGGAUUAACUCGCCCACAACCCCCACUGUAAAAACCUCCGUUGCGUCUCCAAACCACACUCUGAGUCGAUCGUUACUCUCUUCGCCCAUUUUGUCCUUUGGAAGAGGCCCCUCGCUGUCUGGCGGCAGGUCGUCCUACAACAAUCUCCCUUCGCCUGGCAACAAAUCCCCCAGCACUACAGCUAACACGCCCAGUUCUUCAAAAGCUGAGACCACCAGCAUCAAACCAUGUUCCCUGCCGCCGCCUCAAGAGUUCGGCAAAGGCAAUCCCUUCAUGCUGUUCCUGUGCCUGUCCAUCCUGCUGGAGCACCGAGACCACAUCAUCAAGAACAGCUUGGAUUACAACGAGCUAGCCAUGCACUUUGAUCGCCUUGUGCGGCGCCACAACCUGAGCCGGGUGCUGCAGCGAGCCAAGGCCUUAUUUGCGGACUACUUGCAGAGUGAAGUGUGGGACUCGGAAGAAGGGGACGAGGUCAGUUCGGACUCUCCGACAACAGCUACUGCAGCUCAACACUCCCCCUCUUCAACCAUCUCUGCCAGGCCCAUUUACAGCCCUUUAGCGUCGCCUCAGUCAUCAUCUCCGAACUCAACCUAUAACCUCGCAACCACCAUUCCCUCCCCAACAGCUCAAGUUUCCCUUUCUCCCGUCUCCUGAGUCCAUCAUGCAUCACUGGCUUCCUAUUCUCAGUGAACUCCUCUGUAGACUUUGUUUGUCGCCCAUUGGAGUGGUUGGUCUUUUUUUUAUACAGCCUUCCACAUUGAAUUGGGCUGUUAAUGGGUAACUACGUUUUUUUUUUUUUUUUUCAACCUGGACCCAUGUUUUUGUGUGUGACUGAUG